AUGUUAAAAAUUAUUCUGCCAUCCAUUAUACUCUUACCACUAACCUGAUUCACAAACAACAAAACAGUAUGAACAAACACCACAUGUCACAGCCUAAUAAUUAGCCUCAUCUCACUAUCCCUACUACACCAAGACUCCACAAACAGUUAUAACUUUUCCACAACAUUCUUCUCAGACCCAUUAUCCACACCACUAGUAAUCCUAACAACAUGACUCCUACCACUAAUACUCCUAGCUAGCCAAAACCACCUAUCAAAAGAACAAGAAAACUAUAAAAAAAUAUAUAUCAGCCUCCUAACACUUCUUCAAGUAUUCCUAAUCAUAACAUUUACCGCAACAGAACUAAUACUAUUUUAUAUCCUAUUCGAAGCAACCCUAAUCCCCACACUAAUUAUUAUUACACGUUGAGGAAACCAAACAGAACGUUUAAACGCCGGAUUGUACUUCUUAUUUUAUACAUUAAUUGGGUCAAUCCCCCUACUAAUUUCACUGAUUAACUUUAAUAACACCUUCGGAACUCUUAACCUAGUACUACUAUCCUUAAAGCAACCUGCACUAAGCCAGUCAUGAUCCAAUCACAUUCUAUGGUUAGCUUUCAUAUUAGCCUUCCUAGUAAAAAUACCUUUAUAUGGAGUACACCUAUGACUCCCGAAAGCCCACGUAGAAGCACCAAUUGCAGGAUCAAUAGUUCUAGCAGCCGUACUACUAAAACUGGGGGGUUACGGAAUAAUACGAAUCUCAAUUCUACUAGAUAUAGUAAACAAAACCAUAGCCUACCCAUUCAUCAUAUUAUCACUAUGAGGUAUAGUAAUAACCAGCUCAAUCUGUAUACGACAAACUGACCUCAAAUCAUUAAUUGCUUAUUCAUCAGUAAGCCAUAUAGCCCUAGUAAUUGUAGCAGUCAUAAUCCAAACACCAUGAAGCUUUAUAGGAGCUACAGCUUUAAUAAUUGCUCACGGACUGACCUCCUCCCUACUAUUCUGUUUAGCCAACUCUAACUAUGAACGAACCCACAGCCGCACUAUAAUACUAGCUCAAGGACUACAAACAAUUCUCCCACUAAUAGGAGUGUGAUGAAUACUAGGAAGUCUAGCCAACCUAGCACUUCCCCCAUCAAUUAAUCUUAUUGGAGAACUCCUAAUCAUUACAUCCUCAUUUUCAUGAUCAAACCUAUCAAUCCUAAUAAUAGGUAUAAACAUAAUCAUAACAGCCGCCUACACAUUUUAUAUACUUAUUAGCUCCCAACGAGGUAAACUAACUAAUCAUACUAAAUUUUUACCACCAACACAUACCCGUGAAUCAACUAUUAUAUCACUUCACAUCAUCCCAAUUAUCCUAAUUUCCAUUAACCCUAAACUUAUCCUCGGACUACCUUAA